GUUUUUUGGUGCUGUGGCAGAGGCUUCCGUCUCCUUCCUGACCUUGGGAGAUUGGGGUGGCUAUGCGCUGGGGAGCUUCCACCAGACUACGGUGACUGCAGUAGCAAAGCAGAUGUCAAAGACUGCCGCACAGACUGGUGCUUCGUUCGUGGUGAACACUGGCGACAACUUCUACUACUGUGGGAUCAUGGGCACGGCCGACCAUCAAGUUGCAGAGGACUUCACAAAUGUGUACAGCGACAAGUCGUUGCAGGUUCCAUGGUACUCGGUGCUGGGCAACCACGAAUACGGUUAUGAUGUGGAGGCCCAGUGUCAGCUGUCCAGUGUGCUAAGCAACUGGGUCAUGGACAGCAGAUACUUCUCCAAGCGCGUUUCCUUGGGGAGUGGCCACUUCAUCUCAUUUAUUUUCCUGGACACGUCCCCGUGCGUGGCAGCCUAUCGAUCAGACGACCAGUCUCAUUGGGAUCCAUGCGGCAGCGACUUCCCAACAUGCGCACCCAUCAUGGAGGGGCCCUGCAAGUUCCAUGAGAACAUCGUGUCUCAGAACUGCACUACUCAGUUUGAGUGGUUUAAGUCCGAGCUGGCAAAGGUGCCAAAGUCCGAUUGGUUGAUCGUUGUCGGCCAUCACCCUGCCGAUGAGAUGGAUGUUGAGGAUUUCGUUACGCCGAUGAGAGAGCAUGGCUUUGACCUUUACUUGAACGGCCACACGCACCUUCUGAACCAGUACACCAUCAACGGCGGCGGCGCGUACGUCACUAGUGGGGCCGGCGCAAUGGUCCACACACAGGAUCAAGAUGACGAGGAGGAUCACUUGGCGAAGAGCAGAGCACUUGCGCAGGUGCAGACAGUAUGGGAGGAGAAGGUCGCAGGCUUCACCUUGCACACGUUCUCCGCUGACUUCAAGGACUUGAAGACGGAAUUCGUGUCCUACACCGGCAAAGUCCUGCACUCUUUCAACGUGACACGCGGAUCAGGGCCUUCGCCAUCACCGCCCUCACCACCCUCACCGCCGUCACCACCAUCGAAAGGCUCGUGUUCCAAGUAUGGAUGCGGCAGGUAUGACCCCAGUCACACCUGUCAGUGCAACUCCUACUGCAAGGAGCAUUCAGACUGCUGCUCUGACUACUCGAAGACCUGCUCGGGGCCAUCCAAAGGCUCUUGCGAGGAGUUCGGCUGCGGCAAGUUCAGCCCGGGUCAGAGCUGCCAGUGCAACUCUUACUGCAAGGAGCAUGGAGAUUGUUGUGCAGACUACGACUCCACCUGCGGGGGCAUCGAGACCAUUGUCUGA